UUCCUCUUCGUAUGCCCAACGUACGCGACUCACCGAAGAAAGCUAAAAGCGGAGCUGGGCACCCGAUCCCAGCAACUAAAGCACUUACUCAACGACGAGAAGUGCAUAGAAUCUCUCUUCAAAUAUAUAGCCCGCACCAAACGAUUCGUCAGCACGUUCGGAGAUGUC